ACCAGCGCUUCCCCGGCCGGGUGCGCGCGCAGGCAGGCAGGCUCCGCGCACGCGCAGUCCGCGCCGACUGAGGUGGAGCCGAUGGCGUCCGAGCGGCUUCCGAACCGACCCGCCUGCCUCCUCGUGGCCAGCGGCGCCGCCGAGGGAGUGUCAGCCCAGUCCUUCCUCCACUGCUUCACGUUGGCCAGCGCUGCCUUCAACCUGCAGGUGGCCACCCCUGGGGGGAAGACCAUGGACUUUGUGGACGUGAGUGAGAGCAAUGCGCGCUGGGUGCAGGACUUCCGCCUCAAGGCCUAUGCCAGCCCCGCCAAGCUCGAGUCCAUCGACGGUGCCCGGUACCAUGCCCUCCUGAUUCCCAGCUGUCCCGGGGCCCUGGCCGACCUGGCCAGCAGUGGGUCUCUGGCCCGAAUCCUGCAGCACUUCCACUCUGAGAGCAAGCCCAUCUGCGCGGUUGGCCACGGGGUCGCCGCCCUGUGCUGCGCCACCAACGAGGACCGGUCCUGGGUGUUCCGAGGCUACAGCGUGACCGGGCCCUCCGUGUACGAGCUCGUCAGGGCCCCUGGCUUCGCCCGCCUGCCUCUCAUCGUGGAGGACUUUGUGAAGGAUGCAGGUGCCAGCUUCAGUGCCAGCGAGCCUGACGCGGUGCACGUGGUGCUGGACCGCCACCUCGUCACGGGCCAGAACGCGGGUUCCACGGUGCCCGCUGUGCAGAACCUGCUCUUCCUCUGCGGCAGCCGGUGAGGGGCGCGGGCGAUGGGCGAUGUGCGGGCUGCUGGGCCACGCUCCCUGUGAUGGCUGUUGCUGGCGCCCGAGCCUUGACCUGGUAUCCGUCCUGCAGGAAGUGACGCGGUCCCCGCGGAGCCAGCCUACCUGCCAGUGGCGCCACCACCUCCCGAGGCCCCGGCCCCCAGAGGCAGUGGGACUCAGGCCUCCAGGACCUGAGCCUCUGACAGGGCGAGGCUGACUUCACCCGACCAGGCCUCCGGGACUGCGGGGCCUCCAGGCGGCAGCCUGAGGGAUGUCGGGUCUCAGCAGGGGUGAGGCCAAGGGUGCUGCACGGGCACCCAGUGGGGCUCGGGCUCCAUGUGGAGCAGCCCACAGGGAGUUGGUACCCAGAGAAUCAGCUGGGGCGUUCCAGUGCGGGGUCGUAGCCCCUCUGGUCUUCCUGGACCAGCACUGGGUGUCUCCCUCUGCCUGUCCCUGGCACCCAGGUUGGGGAGCAGAGGCGGACCCUCCUGGGAGCCAGGAUGAUCACGCUGGCCCAGCAGUGACAGCCAGGGGUACCGGAGUCGGUACGUGUGCGGUGAGGGCUGUGCCCAGGCCGGUCUGUCCCCAGCCCUUCGGGUGUUGGCUGAGUGGGGAGGGGCCAGCUGGCUGGAGCUUGGUCAACACUUUUGACUUGGGUCCCAGGUGAAGGGGAAUUAAUCUUGUGGUCACAGCUCCAGGCGCCCAGACUUGCCCCGAUUUUAACCUUUGCCUCGUGCGUGGGUUCAGUGUUGUGGUGACCCAUGUCAGGCCAGGGUGGACCUCAGGGCAGACGGCAGUGGCACCGCAUCCCUGACGUGGAAACACUGUUGACCUUUGACCUUCAAACACAGCCCAGGGGCUCCUUAGCGCUGCACAGGCCCCGCCCUGCGGCUGCUCCAGGGUGUCAGGGUGGACAUAGCAAACAGGAGCGCCCUUGGAAGGAGGCCCUGCACAGGCCUCUGCUGGGGACGCCGAGCGGCUGGACGCCUCCCUCCCAGCGCAGCCCGGCUACCCUCAGGCUUCCCCCGGCGCCUGGCUGGGCUGUGGCCUGUGGUUGGGGUCCCCUCUGGAGCUGCGUCUGCUGCUUCCAGCCCCUGGGAACAAGCAAGUCAGCCCCCAGGCCCGGCGCUUCCUCCCGGCCCCGGCCCAGCUCACACUCCGCACUCCUGUCGGCAUCCCCAGGUGCCACCACAUGGUGACGGGCGGCUGUCUGCACAAACCCUGACAGACCCACCUCAAGCGCAUUGUCUGUGUCCCCGUAAAGCUGACCGUUCCUGCUGAGGGCUCUGACCGGCACGGCUACUCCGCUCCGGUCGGGCCGUCCCCUGGGCCAAGGCUCUGCUCCCUGCAGCUCGGGCCGGGAGGGGUGGGAGGAGGAACCAGAAAGCCCGGGAGGGGCAGGGGUGGGUUUGGAGCCUGGCUUCCCGUCCUUGCCUCUGGGAUUCCCCACUCCCCCAGGACAUCUGCAGCAGCGUUCUCAGGAAUGAACGGACACAGACUGGCCCCAUGCGUGGCAUCUUACCAAGGGGCAGCGUGAUCGCCAUGUGGUGGGACAUUUGCUGUGAAAGAAUGAAGUCCUGCCCAGCCAGCGUGGCUCAGUGGGUUCAGUUCCUGGUUGUGGGCUCAAUCCCGUGUGGGGUGUGCAGGAGGCAGCCAAUCAAUGAUUCUGAUAUCAGUGAUGUUUCCAUCUCCCUCUCCCUUCCUCUCUGAAAUCAAUAAAACACACACAAUGAAGUCCUGAGGACGCCUGCGUGGUGGGCGGGAGAACAUGCUGAGUGAAGAAAUGGCCGCGUGGUCCCGUUUGCGGGAGAUCCUGACCCGGCAGCUCGGUUGUGGCGGGAAUGGGGACAUGGACGUGCUGUUUUGGGGGGACUUCUGAGCUGAGUGCUGACGUCACACACCCCAAGUACUGAAACCGCCCUGUCAGACGUCCAUGCAGACCCCAGGGCUGGGAGGCACCCAGGAGAGGGGGGUCCGGGUGGGGGCCAUGCCCCUGCCACCACUGC